ACCCCUCUCAUUAAAUCGCCCUUCUCGCCCAAUCCUCCUACCCGCAUUCAUUAUACCCUCUUGCUUUAACUCGCACCUCCUCUCCUUCCCAGAUCCAUUCCGCCCAAUUCUUUCUCCCUCUUCUCUUAGAACCCUAGAUCUCUGCCCACAUCUAAUGGAUCCGCAUGACUAUUUCUUGGAUUCUAUCAUUCCGGAGACGAAAUUUCAAGAUGGUUGGGGUGAGGUCGAAGAUUUAAUCUCUGAUGACAGCGAGGUGGAGGAGGUUAUCGCAAUCCAUAGCGAUGACGAGGUCAUCGUCAUCGAUAGUGACGAUGAUGGUGCCGAUCCUGCCCCGAUCAGAGAAAUGCAGUGUUUUAUCAACAUUCAAUCUCAAGAAGAUUGUAAUUUUGUUGAUGGGAGGCAAGAGGGUGUCGAGAUGGAGGAGUUUGAGAGACCUGGGUUUGAUUCUUCUCAACCCAUGUACUCACGCAUGCACCUCCACAUUGAUAUGCUAAACAUCUUACUUCCAAGCCCAGAUCCAGACUUUUGGGCUUCAAAGUACAAGUAGGAAAGUUCGUUUAACCUUCCUAUACUUAAAUUAUUUCAACAUUACUGAAAUAAUUAUAGAUUAUGUGAGUUUGGAUGAUUCAAUUACUGUCCCUGCUCUUCCCUUGUUUUGGAAAUAGUAACAGGACUCCAUAUUGUUCAUUUCUUUAUUCUACAUGUGGCUUUCCAUUAAAAGGGUCCUUAAUUA